AUGAAAGCGACAGCAAUAACUGGGUUCUGCCUUGCGGCAUUUGCUGUGCUUGUCUGGUGUCUUCAAGUUCGUAGUUUUCAUUUACCACCUUUUCGUCCUCACCACCUUCCUCCGCCUAUGGUCUGGCGUUUAAUCGCUUUGGAAGAAAGAGAGGAAAAACUCAAGAAAGAACAAGAAAAACGCAAAGCGACACAAGAGAAACUCAGAAAAGCGAAAAAGGGAAAGAAGUAAAGUUAUGCAGAUGGAAGUACAAAGAUAUUUUCAACACGUUUUGCGUCUCAAUGU